CGAAAUAAGAAAAAUAGUUUAGCUGCUCUUUUGUUCGUGGUAAUUGGUCAACAUCACCACAUCAUAACACCUUACCCACCGAUCGACCCCAUAGCUUAAAUAACGAGAACAGACGACAAUGGGCAAGAAAGAUAAGAAGAAAGGAAAGGGAGCGGAGAAAACAGCGAUAAAGACGGAGAAGAAAACAACUCAAAAAAUAAAGAAGGAAUUGGCAGCAAAGGGAGAGGAAGACAUUGGCGCACUGCUCGCUAAGUUCGCCGAGGAUGACAAGUCUAAACUGGCAGUUACGGAGGAUUUGGUCCCUCCGCCCUCCAAGCGUUCAUCCUUCAGUCUAACGCCUCAUCCUGAUAGAGACCAGCUUAUACUCUUCGGCGGGGAGUACUUUAAUGGGAGUAAGUCGUUUAUGUAUAAUGAUUUAUUCUUCUACACCAUCAAACAAAACCGGUGGCAUAAGGUAACAAGCCCAGGUAGUCCGCCCCCAAGAUCAGGCCAUCAAGCUGUCGCACUUUCCCAGAGCGGGGGACAGCUGUGGAUAUUCGGUGGGGAAUUCACAUCGGCGACUCAAUCCCAAUUCUACCAUUUCAAGGACCUCUGGGUAUUUCAUUUUAGCUCGAAGCGAUGGGAGAAAAUCACGUAAUGUGGGGGCCCAUCAGCUCGCAGUGGACACAGAAUGGUCGCACUAAAGAAACAACUCAUCGUGUUCGGAGGAUUCCACGACAACUCCCGCGACUAUAAAUACUUCAACGAUGCGUACGCUUUCAACCUCGAAGAUUACAAGUGGCAUAAGUUAAAUAUUUCCGGUAAUGGCCCAUGUCCUAGAUCCGCGUGUCAAAUGGCCCCCUUAUCCGAUGGCCGGAUUCUUAUCUAUGGCGGAUAUAGCAAGGAAAAACUGAAGAAGGACGCUGAUAAGGGAAUAACCCACACGGAUAUGUAUCUUCUAGUGCCGGAUAAACACGACACAACGGGGACGAAGUGGAGGUGGCAGAGCGUGAAGCAUGGGGGCGUACGACCGUCUCCCAGAUGCGGUUUCACCCUAGCGUCAACGAGCGGAGACAAGGCCGUUUUCUUCGGGGGUGUGUACGACGAGGUGGAAGAAGAAGAGGAACUGGAAGGAGUGUUUUAUAAUGAUGUGUAUCAGCUCGAUCUAAUGAAGCAGAUCUGGCAUGAGGUUAUUGUUACGGGGAAGAAGGACACAUCUGGCGAGAAGAAGAAGAGGAGAAGAAAGAAGGAAGAUGGAGAGGAGGAAGAGGAAGAACAAGAGAAUGAAGAGGAGGAAGAUGAGAACAUGGAGGAGAAACUCGGCAAAAUGACGGUGGACGAAACCCCGGACAAAGUGGUGAGCGACGAUGGCGUAUUUACCGUUACGGUCGGGCCAUCGCAAUCCACAUCCGACCCCAAAGAAACCAAGACGGAUACAGUUAAAGGCGAGGUGUUUUAUCCGCCCCCAAGGAUCAACGCGGGUAUGGCGGUCAAGCGCGGAGUCCUGUACGUCUAUGGCGGGAUGUACGAGGACGGGGAUAAACAACUGACGCUUAACGAUUUCUACGCGCUAGAUCUGAAUAAAUUGGAGGAGUGGCAAACAAUCAUUGCCCUCGAACCAGCUGACCUGGAAUGGUUCGACUCCGAUUCUGACGACGAUAGCAUGGAAGAAGACGACGAUGAUGAUGAUGAUGAUGAUGCCAUGGAUACCGAUUAGGGUCUGGGUACAGUGCCAUUGGAGGUGUUUGUGACCUGGUACCCACUUUUGAGAUCAGUGCCGGGGUGUAAAAGAGAUAUAAUUUCUAUUUUAAAUGGUGAAUUUUUUUUUCUGUUUUUAU